ACAAAUCAACAGUGAAUUUGCCAGUAUAGUUAUAGUGAGUGAAAUACUACCUAUAAAAAUGUAGAAUUGAACAGCGGUAUUCACUGAAACUUCAGUAUGAAGCAUACAAGGAUCGAGCUGUUACUGUUGCUGCAAGUUGUGUCUUGUACUUCAGACGUCGAUAUAUACACAAAUUUUCAAGCAGGAUUUGGUGGAUGGACACAAGGGAACAGUAAAAUCGAUUGGACACGCAUAUCUGGAAACGCCCCCUCCAAUAACACUGGUCCGACCAAUGGGCACUCAGGAUUUGACGAUGAUUUCUAUUUAUAUAUAGUGGCAUCGUUACCCAUCGCUAAUUACGAUAAAGCACUCCUCAUUAGUCCUACUUUGCCUAGCAAAUGGACUGACUUCUGUGUGGAGUUUUACUACUACAUGUACGGGACAAGCACAAACGAACUCAUAUUGUGGUAUCACGAUAGGCCAACUGGUAGUUCAGGUAUUACUAGGUGGCACAUCCAAGGAAACAAAUGGUACUAUAAGGACCAUAAUUUCAGAAACAAUAACUACCAUUAUGAUGACAUAAACAACUAUGUGUAUUUUGAAUUCGUGGCUCGCACUACGUUCACAGGUGAUGUUGCUAUUGAUGAUAUCCUUAUCAGUGGAGGCAGGUGUCAUGAAAACCAAGAUGCCAGCUCUCCCAUUCCAGAUUUGGUUCAAUCAGAUGUGGUCUGCGACGACUCGUACAUGACAAUAUAUAUCGGUGAUAGUACCCUGGUCGAUGUGACAAAUUUCCCGCCACAUUUGAUUGAUUCAGAUUGCAAAACAUUUUACCGUACUUACAAAAACGGAAUGUAUUGGUUAGUCUUUGUCACUAGGUACGAUAGAUGUGGAACAACAGUGAAUUUUGAAGAUGAAUUCGUUGAGUACUCGAAUGCAGUUUCUUACAAAGAAGUGGGUAACAGCACCGUAAUUUCAAGGGAAACUCAACAUGUACUUCCAGUUAAGUGUAAACUUAGAAAUUCUGGCAGAUCUUCAAUCAACUUUGACCCACAAGAGGUCCAACUCCUCGGGGAUGACGUGGAAGGAAGUGGGAACUUCUCUUUCACGUUAGACAUGUAUAGAGAAAGUAAUUUCAGCAUACCAUACGGCAACAAUGAUUAUCCAGUGGUUGUAGAUAUUGGGCAGACGAUCUAUAUGGGAGCCCACGUGACAUCCUACACGGGAGACAUCAAGUUAUACAUUGAUUAUUGUGUCGCUACGCCAAGUUCAGACGAAAAUGCCUCACCAAAAUAUGAUCUUAUCGAAAACAGGUGA